GUUAUUUAUCGAUUUAUCGAUAGUAAUAUAAAACCAAACAAUUUCGCUGUUGCAACAAGUGGAUUUGAAUUUGGAAAUCAUUCUGCAGCCAUGUCGUUGUCCCGCUUGAACACAUUUUUGAAACUGGCUCCCACCGCGACUGCCGUUCGAGCCACAGCCGCCCCAAUGCAGCCCCAACGCCAUCUAUCCUCCGCCCAGGCAGAACCCGCCCAUGGCCACCACUUCAAGACUCUGGUCAUCAGUACUCCCAAGCCUUUCGUCUUCCAUGUGGAGCUCCAUCGGCCCACCAAGCUGAAUGCCUUAAACAAGCAGAUGUGGAUGGAGAUCAAGGAGUGCUUCGAAGGUCUCUCCACGAACCCCGACUGCCGGGCAAUCGUGGUUUCCGCCGCCGGGAAGCAUUUCACCGCCGGUAUCGAUCUCAACGACAUGAUGAACCUGGGCCAGCAGCUGGCCGAGACCGACGACGUGGCCCGCAAGGGCGUCAUAAUGGAGCGGAUGAUCCGUCUGUACCAGGAUUCGAUUAGCAGUCUGGAACAGUGUCCCAAGCCGGUGAUCACAGCGGUGCACAAGGCCUGCAUCGGAGCCGGCGUCGACCUGAUCACAUCCGCUGACAUCCGUUACUGCACCGAUGACGCCUACUUCCAGGUUAAGGAGGUGGAGAUCGGCAUGGCCGCCGAUGUUGGUACCCUGCAGCGCUUGCCCAAGGCAGUGGGCAGCCAGUCGCUGGCCCGGGAGCUGUGCUUCACCGGACGCCGCUUCGAGGCAGCCGAGGCCCACUCCUCGGGCCUGGUCAGCCGCGUCUUCCCCGACAAGGAGUCCUUGCUGAGCGGCGCUCUGGCCUUGGCCGAGAACAUUGCUUCCAAGAGCCCCAUAGCCGUGCAGACCACCAAGCAGAGCAUGACCUACUCCCUGGAGCACACCAACCAGCAGGGAUUGGACCACAUUCGCCUGAUCAACAAGCUGAACCUGCAGUCGGAGGACUUUGCCCAGGCCGUGGCCGCCCAGCUGACCAAGGACGACAAGCCGGUCUUCGCGAAGCUCUAGACCACACCAGGGA